AUGUCUUUCAGCAGUGACUUCCAACACAUCGUUGAUGGGAAGCCGCGCGGAUCGAAAACCACCAGGAAUGUCAUCAAUCCCACCACCGAGGAGGUGCUCGCUACCGUCCCAGUUGCCGACCGGGAACUGUUAGACGAGACAGUUGUUGCAGCAUCGUGUGCAUUCCAUGCAUGGGCCUCCACGCCGAUGGAGACUCGGCAGGCAGCCGUGACAGACCUGGGCAAGCUCGUGCUUGCAAACCUGAACGAAUUCGCGGAGCUUCUCAUCAAGGAGGUUGGGAAGAGUCGCGAACUUGCGAAUAUCGAAACAAGCAUAUCUGGUGCUUGGCUACAAGGGGUUGCAGGCGCGUCGCUACCAGAAGAAGUUCUCUUCGAGGAUGACAAUCGCAAGGCUAUCAUUCGUUAUGUGCCUUUCGGAGUGUGCGCCGCCAUAACGCCUUGGAAUUUCCCAAUUUCGCUGCUGGUAUGGAAGAUUGCUCCUGCUUUGGUCACUGGGAACUGCGUUAUUGUCAAGCCAUCGCCAUUUGCUCCCCUCUGUGCCAUGAAACUUGUAGAACUUGCCCAACAAGUCCUCCCACCUGGUGUUUUAUCUGUUCUUUCUGGAGACGAUGAACUAGGCCCUUGGAUAUCGACCCAUCCUGGUAUCUCCCGUAUAUCUUUGACAGGCUCCGUCAAUGCGGGCAAGUCCAUCAUGCAGAGCGCAGCAUCCAAUCUCUUGAGCCUUACCCUGGAGCUCGGAGGAAACGACGCGGCCUUGAUCUUGCCAGAUGUUGACCCCAAAUCUCUCGCUCCAAAACUGUUCUGGAGCUCGUUCUACAACACGGGCCAGAUUUGCUGUGCGAUAAAACGCGCCUAUAUUCACGAAGACGUCUACGAGGCCGUUCGAGACGAGCUGGUGGCUUUUGCCAAGACGGUCAAGAUCGGAAAUUGCUUGGACCCGGAUGUCGGUAUGGGCCCCGUUCAAAACCGCGUCCAGUUCGAAAAAGUCAAAUCCUUGAUCGAUGAUUGUCGUGAACACGGUUAUACUUUCGCAUUGGGAGGGGACAGUAUUCAGGGACCCGAUGGAAAGGGUUAUUUCUUGCCAAUCAGUAUCGUAGAUUGUCCGCCGCAGGACUCGAGGAUCGUCCAAAAAGAACAAUUUGGCCCCAUACUCCCUCUGCUGAAAUGGAAAGACGAAGACGAAGUCAUCAAACAAAUCAACGAUAGCGCAUAUGGUUUGAGUGGCACUAUAUGGACCAACGACCUGGAUCUCGCUCAGACCAUAGCAAGGAAGUGGGAGACAGGUACAGUGUGGAUCAACGAAGCACAAGCCUUUCAUUGGGACCUUCCUUUUGGAGGCUUCAAGCACUCCGGUGUCGGUAUCGAGCACGGACGCCAGGGACUAAUCUCCUGGACAAACAUUCAGACAAUUACUCUGAACAAAGCCCGUACCUGA